AAACCAGGAAGUAAAUGCACGGUAACAACACGGAGUAAAGUGUCACUUGUCUGUACAUGUCAGCGCUGCUUUAAAGCGAACUUUACGUUACAUCUAGUCCUGUUGGUUUGAAAAUAUGACAGACAUUUUAACAAAAAUAAAAACCAGCGUAGCAGAGAAGAAGAAGACGCCCGUUGUCCCGAGCGACCUGCAGAAAUGGGGUUUAAAAGGGAUCCAGCUGAGGCCCUACCAGCUGGAUGGUGUCCAGUGGUUAACUCAAUGUCUGAACAACCAGCAGGGAUGCAUCCUGGGAGAUGAGAUGGGUUUGGGAAAAACCUGUCAGACGAUCUCUCUGCUGGUGUACAUGUCGGGGGCUCUCGGGAAGAAAGGUCCAUUUUUGGUCCUGAGUCCACUUUCUGUCAUGGAGAACUGGAGGAAAGAGCUGGAAUGCUUUGCUCCCUCUCUGGUUGUGCUCUGCUACAAAGGAGACAAAGACCGACGGGCUGAGAUUCAGAGAGAAACGAACAGUCAGGACUUCAACGUUCUGCUCACCACAUAUGAGCUGUGUCUCAAAGAUGCUUCGUUCUUAAAGCGGUGGAAGUGGAAGGUGCUUGUAGUAGAUGAAGCUCACAGGCUGAAGAAUCAGAACUCGCUGUUACACAAAACCUUGACAGAGUUCUCAGUCGGUUUCAGAGUCCUGCUCACUGGGACUCCCAUCCAGAACAACCUGCAGGAGCUCUACUCCCUGCUGAGCUUCAUUCAGCCCAGCCUCUUCACAGCAGACGACGUGGAAAGCUUCGUUAACUCUUAUUCCAAUGUGCAAAAUCAACCUGCUCUGGCCGCUGAGCUCCAGAGCGUCCUCGAGCCUUUCCUGCUUCGCAGAGUGAAGUCAGAGGUUGCUGUCGAUCUGCCUAAGAAGACGGAGCUGGUCGUGUAUCACGGCAUGUCGGCUCUGCAGAAGAAAUACUACAAAGCAGUUCUGACGAAGGACCUGGAGGCUUUUGGAAACGAACAAGGCAGCAAGACCCGACUGCUGAACAUCUUGAUGAACCUGAGAAAGUGUGUUGAUCACCCGUAUCUGUUUGAUGGUGUGGAGCCGGAGCCCUUUGAGAUGGGGGAGCAUCUGGUUGAAGCCAGUGGAAAACUUUUCCUCCUGGACAGCAUGCUGGCCUUCCUGCACAAAGGGGGCCAUCGGGUCCUGCUGUUCUCUCAGAUGACGAGGAUGUUGGAUAUUCUUCAGGACUGCAUGGAGUACAGAGGUUACAGCUAUGAACGCCUGGAUGGAUCGGUCCGAGGGGAGGAACGAAAUCUAGCGGUGAAGAACUUCAGCAGCAAAGACAUCUUUGUUUUUCUUCUCAGCACUAAAGCAGGGGGCGUGGGACUGAACCUCACAGCUGCUGACACUGUCAUCUUUGUGGACAGCGACUUCAACCCUCAGAAUGACCUGCAGGCUGCUGCACGUUGCCAUCGGAUCGGCCAGAACAGGCCUGUGAAAGUGAUCCGCCUCCUGGCAAGAGACACUGUGGAGGAAAUCAUGUACUCUCGUGCUGUAUCCAAGCUGCAGCUCACAAAUACCGUUAUUGAAGAAGGACGCUUCUCUUUAAUGGACCAAGCUCAGUCAGCUGCUGCAGGACUGCAGCUCAGUGAGAUCUUGAAGUUCGGGAUCGAUAAGCUGUUGUCGUCAGAUGAAAGCUCCAUACAGGAUGUGAAACUGGAGAAGAUCCUCGGUCCAUCACGUGACAGUGAGUGGGUAGAGGACGAGGACUGCACCCCUCUGAUGGAAGAGGACGAAGAGGAGGAGGAUGAAGCUGAUGUGCAAAACCACAUGUACUUCUUUGAGGGGAAGGACUACAGUAAGGACCCCAGCUCUGAAGACCAGAAGAGCUUUGACCGGUUGUUGGAGGAGCAGCUGGCCGAAUUUCAGAAAUCUGCAGGAGAGGGCCGAGCUCUACGGCACAAAGCUGGAGUUUCACUCUCAGUGGCUCUUGGUGUUCCAACGAGGAAGAGGAAACCUCUGACUGAAGCUGAGCUGGAGCUGAGGAGGCAGAGGAGGGAGGAGGCUGCAGCCAAGAGAGCCAAACUUCAGGAGGACUUAAAGAAGAAGCAGCAGGAGCAGAAAUACAAGAAAAAGAUGGCGUGGUGGGAGUCCUGCGGCUACAGGUCGCGGUGCCUGCAGUCUGUGGACAGCGAGGAAGAGGAGGAAGAGGAAGAUGACAGCAGCAUAUGCUCCACAGACUCUGACAGCACCGAUAUCCACUAUGUUCUUGGGGAUGUUACUCAUCCACACACUGCUCAGGGAGAUGCUAUCAUUGUCCACUGUGUCGAUGACUCAGGCCGGUGGGGCCGAGGAGGCUUGUUUACGGCGCUGGAGGUGAGAUCCGAUGAACCACGAAAGCAGUACGAGUUGGCUGGCAAGAUGAAAGAUUUGGACCUCGGAAAUGUGCUGCUUUUCCCCAUCGACGACAAACAGUCCAGACUGAGCGGCCAAGAUCAAUUGGCCCUGAUCGUGGCGCAGCAACGAGACAAAGCCAACAACCUCUCUGGGAUCUUUCUGACUGCCCUGGAUGAAGGUCUGAAGAAGAUUUAUGCUGCAGCCAAAAGAAACAAGGCAAGCGUUCAUCUUCCUCGUAUUGGUCACUCCACCAAAGGCUUCAACUGGUACGGCACAGAGAGGCUCAUCAGGAAACAUCUGGCUUCCAGAGGCAUCUCCACAUUCAUAUACUAUCACAGCAGAACUGUCAAGAAAACAGCUGCCCCUCAGACUUCCACCUCUGCAACCUCAACGUCCUCCCCUGAAACUCAGCCGCAGAACAAGUCGACUGAUGAAACAGAAGCAGAAAUCCCGGGACCCUCGACCUCGACUCAGAGCUCCGCACAGCUCCCCGCUUUCAUGAAUGGCAUCCGGGUGUUUUUCUACAACCUGGCUGCAUCAGAGAGGAAGAGGCUGGCCCGAUACCUUAUCACUUAUGAUGGCGACGAGGAGGAGAUCAUGAGUCCGGAGGUCACACACAUAGUAGCAGAAGUGGAGCACGACAUCCACACACAGGAGCUGCAGGAUCUGGUGCGUCAGUUCUCUCAGGCGGUUCCUGUGCAGACGGCCUGGCUGGAGUCCUGCUUCUCCAAACAGCAGCAAGUCGACACGACAUCGUUCCAACAUCUGCUCAGAUAACAGAGUGUUUGUUUUUUAAAAUCAUAUUUUUAAAUCUUGGAUUGAAUGAAUCACGUCUGCUGCUCAAAGAUGCACUACGAACCAAAUCAUUUCCGUGAAUGGAUGAUGACGCAAUGGGCUGCUGUGUACACGUGUGUAAAAGGCCCCCGACUCUCCCACAGAGGAGCAAAACCCCAACCUGAAAACCACGUAGACUAGAUUUGUGGUUGCUUUGUUUCUUCUCGUUUGCAUCUUCAGAUGUUUUUGCAUCAUGUGGACUUUCUUUGUGGUUAUUUGUUGUCCCAUUUUAAUCUUCAUUUCUCUCAUAACAUGAAUUUAGUUUCUUUUUGUGGUCAUUUUGCAUCUCUGUUUUUUUUUUGUUCCAUCCGGCAUCUCUGCUGCUGUCUUGUGUGUAAUUUCGACCAUUUUUUGUGUCUUUGAUUGUAUUGCAUCACAUUUGGGAAAUGUACGUCAGUAGGUUGAUUUACAUUUCUUUGUAGUUGUUUUGUAGCACAAUAUACUUGUCUUGUUUUGGUCCAUUUGCAUUUUUUUAGUGAUUGUUUUGUGUGUUAUUUUCAUUGUUUGCAUCACUUUGUUGCUAUUUUGUGUCUUUUUAGUAAUUUUUUUGUCGCUUUAUGGUAAUUUUGUGUCACAGUUUGGUGUUUUUACAUUUCUUAAUAGUCGUUUUGUGUAUAUUUUUAUUAAUUUUUCAUCGUGUUAUGGAUGUUUUGACUCAUGUAUGAUAAUUUUGCAUUACUUUGUUGGCAUUCUGUCUCAUUUAAGUCCUUUUGGAUCUCUGUAUGCUCAUUUUGUGUCACAAAAGUCAUUUUUGAUUUACUUUGCUGGCUUUUUUGUUUCAUUUUGUGUCUUUUCAUGGUCAUUUUGGGUAUCGUAUUUGUCAUCUCUGCUGCCAUUUUGUCUUAUUUUGGUCUUUUUGCAUCUCUUUGUGGUUGUUUUGUGUCUCCGUUCUGUCAUUUUUCAUCGCUGUAUGGAUGUUUUCUGUCACAUAUAAGUGCUUUUCCAUCUGUUAGCAGUUGUUUUGUGUAUCAUUUUGGUUGUUUUGCAUCUCUUUCUUGCCAUUUUAUCUCAUUCAGAUCCUUUUGCGUCUCUUAAUGGUUGUUUUGUGUCUCACUUUAGUAAUUUUUCUUCUCGUUAUGGAUGUUUUCUCUCAAUAUGUUGUUUUUGCAUUACUUUAUUGGCAUUUUACAUCUCUUUAUGGCAGUUUUAUGUUACAUAUCUGUCCUUUUACAUCUACCAGCAAUUGUUUAGUCUGCCAUUUUUGUAGUUUUAGAGCUCUUUAUCAUCAUUUUGUGUCACAUUAUGGCCCUCUUACAUGCCAUUGUUGCCUUUUAUGUCUGAGUAGCCAUUUUAUAUCUCUUCAUCAUGGUUUUGUGUCACGUUUCGAUCCUUUUGCCUCUCCCUCUUGCAAUUUGGCCCUAUUGUCCUUUUGCGUCUCAUUAUAUUGGAGUUUUUGGCAUCUCCAUGUUGUCAUUUUGUUUCUUUACAUGCCUUUUCUGGGCUAAGAUCAGGGACCUCCCGGGCCGAUUCCUGGUAGACAUAUUGGAAAAUCUGCCCAUAAUUAUUUGAAAAGCAGCUAAGAAUAAUUUAUUUUUAAGUGAAAACAGGAGUAAGUAAACAUUUAUCUCUGUUGCUGUGUUGGAAGCUGAUGUUGACAUGUGCGGGAGUUACGACUAUUGUGACAUUAAACAGCAGGGUUUGAGAAAUAAA